UGACGAAACAAAUUUAUGACAGAUCCUGUGAGGAUUCUUGUCAAGCGUGAUGAGUUGACUUUAGAGGGUAUUAAGCAAUUCUUUGUUGCGGUUGAAAGGGAAGAGUGGAAAUUUGAUACCUUGUGUGAUCUUUUAGACACCUUGACCAUCACUCAAGCUGUAAUUUUCUGUAACACUAAGCGGAAGGUUGAAUGGUUGACUGAGAAGAUGCGAAGUAAUAACUUCACAGUUUCACAUAUGCAUGGGGACAUGCCUCAAAGGGAAAGAGAUGCGAUCAUGGGGGAGUUUCGAUCAGGAACUACCCGUGUCCCUAAUUACUACUGAUGUUUGGGCACGAGG